CAUUUAGUUAUUUAGACCAAAUUUAGCAUGGAAAGGUUUUGUACUUUUUUCCUAGAUACACAACCUAUUUGACCUCUCGAGUCUCAAGGACAGGGGGAGGAGUAGUAGUAUUUAUUUAGUAGCAAAAGGCUUUUUUGCCUUAUCAAGUGAGAGAAGGAGACAUGAGAAUGCCAACUAAAUAGGUGCGGGAAUUCAGGCUUGCAGUAUUUAACUAGUUAUAUCCUCCGAAUCUAUUCUUCAUAAAUGGAGAAAUUAUCGAUUUGCAGGCAUCUUUCAUCAUCUUCAUUUAGAACCUGCAACUUCUUAUAAGUAAAUAGAUAGUAUAAGUAGUCAAUCUCAUCCUCUCUAUAUAUACAGACAAGGCAGUCAAUGUCAAUAAUGAAACCAUACCGUCAUUCCAGCAUGAGCGAACUUAAAACUAAACCAUCCAUUUAACUAGUGUCCAGCUAAAAUCCCGACAAGUAACUAGUUAUUUAUUUAACUAGAAGCCAUCGUAUCGUAUCGGCAUUCGUGACUAGCGAGCUCUUCGCUCUUCUCCCCCCCUUUCUGCCUUGAUAGAUUGAAACCUUGAAGCCGAUCAUGCCACGUUACCCGUUCGCGCCAUCCACUGGCUCUCCCCAAUGGAUGCUGAGAUAAAGUACUGAUUGAUAUCUUUCAAUUGAUUGAUCCACGGCAGCUCCCUCCUCUAACUGUUUCUCCCGCGAAUUGAGGCGAGGGGAGAGUGCGCGUUCCUUGAGUGGAUGAUUCGCGUGUCUGUCUGUUGAUUGAGGAGCGCGCAGUAUCGGGAUCGAUUCGUGCUUCCAAUCCAUUUAAUUUUUUAUUUUAUUUUUGAAGACUAGAUAUCGAAUUGGAUCUCCAACUAUCCUACUUCGCUGCCUCUUAUACGAUAUAAUUGGAACACCGACAGACAAACACCCUUCUCAUCCAGCCAACUAUUUAAUUUAAAUACAACGCGAAACUCCAGCGUCCUCAGGUUCCCUCCCGUCAGGACCGCGCAAAUAUCGCAGCCAUGGAUGAUGUCGACAUGAAUCCGACUUUCCUCACCUUCGCCCUUAUCCCUGCUUUCCUCCUUUUCUUCUGGACUAUCUCCUCGACAACCGCCUCGUCGUCCUUUGGCCUUUCAUUCCCUAGCGUGCGCAAUAAGAGGAUAUGUCUCUUGAUCGCCCAUCCAGACGACGAGGCAAUGUUCUUUGCGCCAACACUGAUAGCAAUGACACGGCCGGAGUUGGGAAAUCAUCUGAAGAUCCUCUGCUUGAGCUCUGGUGACGCAGCCGGCCUCGGCCCCAUCCGUAAAAAGGAACUAAAAGCCAGCGCCCUCCGCCUCGGCCUCCGCAGCGAAGCCGACGUCUUCGUCGUCGACGACCCCUCCCGCUUCCCAGAUAGCAUGACCGCAACCUGGUCCGCCGCCGACAUUUCCACCCUCCUCGCCUCCGCCUUCGCGCCCGACCUCCCCUCCACAUCCUCAUCGUCAACUAACGGCUCCUCUUCCAAACCAUCACCCAGCAAUAGCAACAAACCACCCACAGCCACAAUCGACAUCCUCGUCACCUUCGACCAGUCAGGCGUCAGUAACCACCCAAACCACCGCUCCCUCUACCACGGCGCGCGCGCCUUCCUCCAAAACCUCAUGAACGGCAAAAGCAGCUACGCCUGCCCCGUCACCCUCUACACGCUGACGUCCACAAGUAUCCUGCGCAAAUACAUCGGCGUGCUGGAUGCACCGCUGAGUAUGGUGCACGGGCUAGUGGGCGCGGUAUUUGACCGGAAACGGUCGGCGAGCACGGCCAGGGAGAGGCAGCCGAAACGGUUGCUGUUUGUCAGUGGGGUUACGGAUUGGGUGGCUGGGGUGAAAGCUAUGGUGUGCGCGCAUAAGAGUCAGAUGGUCUGGUUUCGAUGGGGGUGGGUGUCCAUUGGGAGGUACAUGGUUGUCAAUGAUUUGAAGCGGGAGACGGUAUGAGUUUCUAUAUCUUGGAAAGGGGUUUUGAGAGCUAUAGGGAGUCUGGAAGGAGGCGGGGGGAAGGGUGGAUGGAUUUGAAGCACAAACAUAUGCUGUUGUAAUAUUCCCCUUGUACCAUAGUAGAUGCUGUAAGUUUUCAUAUAUUAUACAUACUAUAUACGGCAUUUUAUAUAUAAUAUAACAUUGGUUAUCCUCUUUUUUAUUAUUAUUAUUGUUCUAUAGCUCAAGGUGGCGGCUAGUUCGGCGGAAUGUAUGCCAAAUGAACGGAGGUAAGAAAAUCAAGCGCAGUUUUAAACGCGCCUGAAAAACAAAAAUUAGAACGCUUCUAACACAGAUAUAUCCGGUUAUAAUAGUACAUUAUCCUAUUGCAAGCCCUGGAAUGCACAAGAGGAAGCAAA